GUUCAGCUACGUUGAUGCCGAGCAGCACGCACACAAAAAAGAGACUGACGUAUGUCCUAAAAGAGAACAACAAUAAGACGCUCUUGGGUAUUCCAGAUGCUAGCGCACGUAUCAACCGAACCUUCCCUCUGUACUCCCGCUUGGAGGAGGCUAUGGAGACCUCAAUGACGACGCUUGAUAAGGACGACCACCCAAGACAUUCAUUGGGUGUUACGACACUAGCAUUAGACACUGCGACCCAGUUAUCUGGAAAGCCAGGGCCUGAGGGCAUUCUUUAUACCUCGGGAAAGGAUGGUCUCGUAGCAAGCUGGCAGCUCGGAAUACAAACACGCCAGCGUAAUAGACGCUAUGGUACAGAAUCGCCAGUUGAGCAUUUCUCUGAGAAGUUCGAAAUCGAGCGAGAACCACAGAGUGCACCUAUUUUCAGACAAUGCGUACAGACACACACAGACCACUGCAACGACAUCUUAUUGGCUAUGCAGAAUCAAGUAUUGAUCUCUGCAUCGAGUGACAGAACGGUAAAAGCAUGGCGACCGCAUGGCGAUGCACAGGUACCAACUGUCGUAGGAACACAUGCUGAUUUCGUAAAGGUACUCUCCCAUGCCCGUGAUCGCCAUUGGAUCGCUUCUGGUGGUCUCGACCGCUUUGCAAGGAUCUGGGAUCUAAACCAGGGUGGAGAAGUCGUGCGCCUUCCCGCCCAACAUUCUGUUUAUGCCUUGACUACGAAUCACUCUGCAGGUUUACUCUUAACAGGUACGCCUUCACGUGCUGUCAACGUUUGGGACCCACGUUCAGCGAAAUUAGUCCACAACUUGGAUGGUCACACUGAUAACAUACGUUCGCUGCUCCUCUCAGAGGACUCCACGAAGGCACUCUCCGCUAGUUCAGAUUCGACUAUCAAAUUAUGGGAUUUGCGGAAUAUGUCGACGAUAAAGACAUUUGAGCAUCAUCACGAUAGUGUUUGGAGUCUUUUCUCACAGAGUCCUUCUUUGGAGACGUUCUACUCUGGUGAUAGGCAAGGUCGGAUAUGCAAGGUUGUCGGUGAGGACGUCAAAGAUGUGGCGACUGCUCGACAUGGUAUUACUAAACUCGUUGCAAGUGAUGACAAGCUUGUUGUUAGUGCGAGCGCAUCAAGCAGCAGUGUUAGCAUCUGGAAUGACGUCGACCAGAAGGAACAGGACGACGAAGAAGUUGACCAUGACGCCACACCAAAGUUAAAAACUAGAGCCCCCUCUAUUAGCUCUCGGAUAUCAACCAGAAACGACCCAUUGGCUGUGAUUCGUGGUCGUCAUGGUAUCAUACGCGCACUUAUGCUCAACAAUCGCCGGCAUGUCCUCACUUUAAACACACAAAGACAUGUCUCUCUUUGGGAUAUAGUCACAUGCGUCUGUGUCGGGCAAUACACUGACGAGGCAGUUGACGCAAUCCUCGGAGCUGACGAAGGUGCCGAUGCGCUCACACUUACAAGUCAAGAAGUACUCGAACGUGUCCGUGAUAAAAUUGAAGGACAGGCGGUGACAAAUGCUUGGAACAGCAUCGAUUGCCAGACAGGCUCUCUGGCAGUACACCUUGACGAAAGCCGCUGCUUCGACGGUGAGGCGUACCUCGACGAGCUUGGUCUUGCUAUCGAAAAUAGGGAGACAGACCAGCGUGUAAACCUCGCCAAGUUGGUUCUUACUAACCUGCUACGUCAUUUCAUCGACUACGAGAAGAAACAUAUCGGUGACGAGAGGCCAAAGCCAUCGCCAGAGACGAACGAUAAAGCCUAUAUCAACCAGAAUGCCGGAACUCCAACAGUAGGUACCCCGAGCGGAACUCCACAGAUAGGAGUUUCGAGACAGCUUGCAACUCCUCCUGCCACUCCUGCUUUACCACCACCUGCAUUGGCCGACCCACCACCAAGCGAGCGCACUACUUCUUCGCAUAGCCGUGGUGAUUAUAUCGCUUUUGAAAAGAAAAACGAACAACAGUCUGGAGAAAAGUCAGCAUUUUUGGAGGCGUCUCAAAAUAGACCGGCAUUGGUGUUACGGAGUCCGGAUAAUGAGAGCGUAGCGGAAACUUCAAGCAAGAAAAACGAGACACCUGAUGGUAGUAGCUCUCCAGCAUUGGCGUCUCCCUUGCUCUCAUCAUCACCCUCAAAUAGCCGGCUUGGAGGACUGAUGGGACGUAUGCUCAUAUCUAACUCUCGGAGAGACAAAAAAGAGAGCAUAAAGAGAGAAGAAAGCAAAGAAAGUAGUCCAGUAAUCACACCCAUUCAGAUGCCCGAAUCGACUAAUACUAUGGAUAGCGUAAAAUCACGUUUCAAACCAGCCACAGAUGAUGUAACGUCAAUCAUUUUGAACGAUAAUAUACCAAUAGGUGUAAGUGAAGAAACACACGAUAGUGAGGCUUUUGUCAGCAUAUACAGAGGUCUCGUUGGCACGACUGGUGAACUAGGAGAUGUCAAGCACCUUGAAAAGAGUCUCCCAGAGUGGGUGCUCGAGAUGGUUCUUUGUAACAAUGUUUAUAAGGACCCGCGGACACCAAAGGCAACAUUCUGGCUUGAAAGGCAUCCGGAUGAGAAAGACUUGGGAGGUUUACCAGAAAGCGGAAACAGACUUACAGCCAGUCGCUUCCUCCGGGCGAGGAAGUUGAUGAAUUACGUCAGAGAUAAACUACCAGCUGAUAAGACAGUUAGUAACGAGAUUCCGGUCGAGGAACAACUCGAGUUAUAUUGCAAUAAUGUCAAGCUCGAUGUCACGCUCACGCUGGGCGCUAUAAAGAGCUACAUCUGGCAGGCACGAAGGAAUGACGAGCCAGAUGACGACAGUUUAAUAGAUCCUGUUAUAUAUUAUAAGAAAACUUAAUGUACAAUUAUAGAC